GUCACCACCACCAUUCUCAUCACAUUGGAUUACGCUCAGUUUUAUUUUUGUCCAGAGCCAAUUAGUGGCAUCAACAGACCGCAAAUACAAUUUUUACCAGCUCCAGUGCCGGCAUUGUUUUACGAUUUGGCCGCAGCCGCCGCCGCCGCCAACAACAACAGCCAGAGCAACAACAAUUGUUACAACAACAUCAACAUUACGCAACACCCACCACCACGCCCAUCUCUACUCUGUCCACAAGAAGAUACAACAACGCCACCCACGUACUACAACUACAAUCAUAACUACAUACACCAACAUCAAUUGCAGCAGCAACAACAACUACACCACCAGCAGCAGCAGCAAGCCCACUACAAUCCCUUUCUCACCCAUCCACAACCACAGCAUCUGAAUCACCUGCCACAACCGGUGGGACCACAUUUGCCACAUCUCUUCAGCAACAAGCCGUUCGGUUGUAGUGCGAGCAGCUAUUUGGGCGGCUCAACGGGUUUCGCAGGUCUAGGACUGGGUGGCCUAGGUGGAGCCCUUACAGGCGGAGCAGGAGCGGGCUACACACCUUUGGGUCGCAGCUAUCGGUAUUACAAGCAUCACUCCACGGGGGGUCUGGGCCAUAGUAGCUACAACGGCUACUACAGUCUCAGCUUUGGGGAGAGCUAUUAUCCCUACACCCAUUCGCCGGGAGGAGGUCUAGGUGCGGGCGGCAGCAGCGGCGGUCUUGCACCCUUAGGGGGUAGUGGCAAUUAUUUUGGUCGCAUAUCCCCAGCUGCGGCACACACAGGACCCCUUUUAGCCACCUCGGCGGCUGAAACUCGAACCAGUCUACUUAAACUAGCCUCACCUACAGCGCAAGCCUCCACAUUAGCCCCACCACCACCACCGCCUCUCCUGCCACCGCUCGAUGACGAUUUGCAGGUGAGCACUGAACCCUACUUGUCCACCUAUUCGUCGAGGCCCAUCGAUUAUAUACCCUCGCCUCCGGCCUCUUUGCGUUCGGAGACCUACGCCUACAGGCCACGCCGUCGGGCGCCAGAAACUGGCAGAUAUUCGGCCACCGGCUACUAUACAAGACAAAGGGCCCGAGGAUUUUCGCCCAUUAUCGACUGUGAUCGUUAUUUGGAUCGUGAAUUUGUGGGUCGCAGUCGUCUGCGCGCCAACAGUCUACAGAGUCAUUGUGAUUUGGGCCUAUCGCCUUUUGGGGCCAUCGAUAGAUUAUCGCCCAUACCACGACAUUCGUCGUCGCCCCGGCAACAGAGAGAGAAAUACUUAUCACCCGGUGGAAGUCCUAAAUACGGCAGCAAAACGUCGUCCACAGCUCAAGGCCCACAUCAUCUCGAGUCUCAAUACCAUAGUCAGGCAUAUAACGCGAGUUCCCAGAACAUCAGUGCGCUGCCGCCACCAACUGAUACUGCCGCCGAAAGUCAUUAUCAGCACAAGGCGAGCUCAGUUAGCAGCACACAUCACCCACAUCCUCACGCCCACCAAACACCCUCAUCAUAUCAGCCCUAUUGUCCUAGUUCGGAGACAUAUCAGCAGACCCAUAAGCGAUCGCCCCACAGCAAAACGGACCAUAGAACAAUUUCGGCAGCAGGAGGAGGCAGAGAAGGAGCAGGGGGAGGAGGAGGCAUUGCAGACAGCGGAGCCGGGGGCGGAGAAUACCAACAGCAAGCGUAUCAGCAUCAAUCAUCCUACCACCACCACCCCCCACAACAACCACAGCAACACCAACAGCAGCAACAUUACCAAUACCACCCUUCAAAUCAGCCGCAAACACAGAGCACAGCAACGAUUAUCUCAAGCUGUUCCUCACGACCCCUGACACAACAACAACACGACGAUAGCUGUGAAGAAUUCCAUCAUAUACCCUUCAAUCUCAGCUAUAUCCAACGCAAAAGAAUGAUGGUUAGCAAACUGUGGAAGGGCUGUUUCCCCGAUGUCACGCCCGAACAUGUGCACCGUCACAACUUCUAUUUGUGCCAAUGGCAGCGUAAUACGCAGGUGCGCAUCAUCUAUCUCUUCUAUCGCUGGAUAACGGCCAUUAUUUGUUUGGCCGCCUUGGUAUGCUCCCUCUUGGAUAUUGGUCGCACAGAUGAGCAUUUUGAGAAUCACUAUGCCAAAUGGUGGAUCUAUUUAACCCAUUGGGGUCUGCUGUUUUGUACGGUACAGGCUUGGUUGGCUGCCAUGAUAGUGACGCAAGGCAUGAUGGUGGAGCGCGAAGAUUUCGAAUUAAUGCGUCAGGCGAAGAAAUCCAAACUGCAUUAUCUCUAUUGGAUAAUAUAUACGUGUGCGACGGUGUAUGCGUUCAUUAUAACGAUGUGCUAUUGGCUGUUGGUCCAUGAUCCGGAGGUUCAUAAAGUGGACACAUUGAACAUCAUGGUACAUGUCUUGAAUUCGAUCAUAAUGCUUAUCGAUUUGGCCAUUGUUGGACACCCAAUUAAACUCAGUCAUGUCUACUUUACUACGGGCAUUGGUUUGGCCUAUGCCAUAUUCACGGGCAUUUACUUUUUGGCUGGUGGCACGGACAGGAAAAAUGAAACAGCCAUUUAUCCCAUGCUGGAUUGGAGGAAACCGGGCAAGGCCAUAAUUGUCACUGUUUGUGCCAUCAUCUUUGUGUUUGUGGUUCACUUUGUUUGCUUUCUGCUGUAUCGGGCUCGAGUGUGGCUUUUCACCAAGCUAUGCAUACGCAGCUCUCACCAUCGGCGUGAUGGUGGCGAUAUAUGCGAGGGCCUCAAUGAUGACUCCUGCACAAGAUUGGGUGGUGGCAGUAGUGCCGAUUAUUCACACCAACAACAGUUUCCCUCUGUGGUGCACUCGGAGCAGCCCCAUCGCACCCAUUUGUCGAUAGCCACCAGUGCUGCGGCCACCCAACCUCUGGUAACGGCAGAGCAUCUGUAUGCCAAUGCUCCAAGUCAUCAUGCCGCUGGCACCACCACCACUCACCAUCAGUCACAGUCGCAGCAACAGCAGCAAUCACAUCAUCAUCAUCAAUCGCAUCAUACGCCCCAUCAGUAUCCGCCUCAGUAUUCGGGCUAUCAACAGCAACCGGUGGUGGCGGGAGUCAAUGUGGGCGUCAUCAGCUCGGCCGAUAUAUAUCAGCAUCACCAUCAACAGCAGCCGGCGUCGCUACACGAUAACAAUAACAAGCCACAGAAAAGUGCCUCCACAGGAUCGGGGGGUGGUGGUACUGGCAGCGGUACUGGAACGGGUGGCGCAGCAAAUUCCUCAUCGUCAGCUUUGUCGCGCACUGUCUCGCAUUUGGAUGCGGCUCAACGUGAACAAUUCCUAAAUCCCAAUCAAAUUGUGGAGUAUAAAAUGUAAAGGCGUUGUACCCGGCACCGAUAUACAUUCCAUUUGUCCAUGAAAUUUCUCGAGAAACACUGUCCCCAGUGUCAGGCCUACAAGGAGCAGGCCCAGACCAGCGAUGACAGCGACAAUGAUGAUGGUGUUGGCGUUGCCGUUGGCGCUGGUCAGGGUAGCUGCAGCGAGAGCAAGAGAUUAGAGUGUAAAGAUAAAUGUUGUUAGUAGAGGGAGAAUUUAGAUGCUACUAAAACGAUUUUGGAGGGUUGGGGGAGAAAGGGUAAGAAACUACAAGAAACUAAAAAAUAUAUGUAAUUUUUUUUUUUAUUAUAAACAAAAAUUUUUUUAAAAUUCAAAAAUUUGUUGAGAAUUUUAAAAGCUUUAAAUUCUAAAUUUUUGAAAUUCAGCGAUUUUGGGCAGUGAAAAAAAAUUAAAAAUAUUGUUUAUAGAUUUGAUCAUCUGUUUUCCAAAAUCUGAGUUAGCCAAUUUUAGAUUUACUACCUCAUUAACUUGAGAUUUUAAGCUGUCAUCUCCAAAUCUCAAUCUGACAUGGAGACUUAUUCAUCUUUUGUUCAAUCUACUGUUUCGCCUCCCAUCUUUUGCGCUGGCCACGGUAAGCAAAAUUUUCAAUAAUCGAAUGUGCGUUCCUCUUACCAGAUAA